UGCGCCUCGGGGGCCAGGGUGACUCAGCGCCUUGGCGGCCUGCGUCGGGGGCUCAUGGGAGAUAUGCAAAUGAGCUGGAGCAUCAUGGGUGAAGGCCCCGUGUAAGGCGGUGGUGCUGUGGCGAGGCGAACCUGGGUUUGGCGUCCAUUAGCCGCCUCGCUCGGAGCUCAGCCGGGAAGCUCCCCAGACACUGGAGCAAGUGUGAAGCUGGAGACGUUUCUGCGAUCUCAGGCCUGUCCACUUCUCCAAGGAGCUACAGGCAGGCGUCUGGGCCAUGUGUCCCCCAGUCAACGUUCGCCAUGGGGCCAAGGGCAUGUCUUGCCUCUAUGCGGCCUGGCUCUACCAGCUUGUCCACGGAGACCAGAUGAAGAUCUGCUUUGCUUGCUUCAAGGCAGCUUUCCUGGUAGUUAAAAACAUGCUGGAGAUGGGAAGCUGGGAAGAGGAAGAGUGGGGUGCGGAGCCCAUGGAACUCUCGGAGGCAGGGCCUGAGCCGGAGGAGUGGUCGGGGCUUAGCUGGGGAGAGGGGCAAGGGCAUCUGCCACAUGGCACUCCUGUCUCAACAGGGCCUGGCAUCCUGACACCAGGCCCUGUAGGGACAGAGGGGAUAGCACUGGGACCCCAGCCUGUACCCACCGAGCUGGGGCCUCAGGAAGCUGUACCCCUGGACCUGGGCCCUGAGGAUGCUGAGUGGACCCAGGCCCUGCCCUGGAGAUUUGAUGGCCUUUCCCCCUGCUCCCACUGGCUCAUCCCUCCUCUGUCCUGGUGGGAUGUUUUCAAUGUAAGCCCAUCUCCUGGGCAACCUGUAUUGUUGGAGUUGAGCCCCAUGUGGCCCAUGGAUCCGUUGGAAGCAGAAGCCUGGUUGGUAGACCUGAAGUUCGUCUUCCUGUUGGGUGGCUUCGAUGCCAUCUGCUACCUGCUGUCAAUGACUCCCUGCUGGGCUGUGAGGACCCGGGUCCAGCGCUGGCAGGUGUUGCUGGACCCUGGUGAGGUGAGGGUGGCCCAGCUACAGAAUGCACCUGAACAGCAGGACCUGAACCGCUGGAAGCUGAGCAUCCUGGAGUCCUCGGAGCUGGGGGUGGAGCUGGUGCCCGCUGACUGCAGCCUGCGGAAGGGAGGCUUCAAAGUGCACUCCUACCUGCCCUGGCACAAUAGCACCCCAGAGGGCUGGAGCAGGGAACCAGGGGAGAGGCUGCUUGUCAUAGAAGUUGUUUCUCUGAGGGAGCUGCCCUGCUUCCGCUCCCCCUCCCCUGAUUCUCACAACUGAGGGAAUGAUGCUCAGGCAGCCUCCAUUGUCCUUCCUGUACCAGGGCUCCAGGGACUGUGAAGUGCCAGAGGUUGUCUGUCCUCAGCCACAGGUCCAGGAGGAUGUCCAUCAUCUUUAGGGGAGGGCCUCAGAAACCUGGUUUGGUUGUCCUCAGUUGACUGUUUAGUGUUUGGAGGGUAAGGCCCUGCUUCAUGUGUAGGGGGAAGACUUGUGUACCAAGUAUUAUGGGGGACUUAGGUGUAGGUGAGGACACAGGAAAUGUGGCAACACCAAGUCAUGUGUGGUUGACCCACACGUGUUCUGAACUUGGCUUCUUCUGAGAGGCCAUGAGUCCUGGUUUCAGAGUUGACUGUUCAUGCUAUUGGUUCAGUUUCUGCCCUGUGACUGUUUCUAUCUAAUAAAGUUGUUAACAUUUUCAUAGAA